AUGGGUGCACACAAGAUCUUCGUGUCUAGCGUCUUCUAUUCAACGCUCAGCUUGUCGUCGUUCCUGCAGGACGACAUUCGGCAACUGCUGGGCUCGCAGUACUUGAAGGAAUUCCCUUGGCCCUUUCAAAGUUUUGUGUUUGGUAAAAGCAGUUGUGUGUUACAGCGUUUCAAAAUGGAGGUAAGAAAAGAGAAAAUUCGAUACAUUCUUCAGUACCAUUACGACCAAGAUGAAAAGGCGGAGCAGGCGGCCAAAAAAAUUUGUGCUGUUUAUGGACCCAAUACAGUAUCGAAUGCAACAGCAAAGCGGUGGUUCCAAAGAUUCCGUUCUGGUAAUAUGGACGUCGAAGAUGAGGCACGCUCUGGUAGGCCAAUUGUCGAAAAUGUCGAUAAAAUCAUGGAAAUCGUCGAGUCGGACCGGCAUGUGAGCACUUAUUCCAUUGCCCAGGAACUGAAGAUUAGCCAGAAAACCGUUUGGAACCAUUUGCAUAAGGCUGGUCUCAAGAAGAAGCUCGAUGUAUGGGUGCCACACGAAUUGACGCAAAAGAACCUUUUGGACCGAAUUGAUGCCUGCGAUUCUUUGCUGAAACGUAACGAAAUCGACCCAUUUUUGAAGCGGAUGGUAACUGGUGAUGAAAAAUGGGUCACAUACGAGAACAACAGCCGAAGAAGAUCGUGGUCCAAUCGCGGUGAGCCGGCCCAAACGAUCGCCAAGCCCGGAUUAACGGCCAAGAAGGUUUUGCUGUGUGUUUGGUGGGAUUGGAAAGGAAUCAUCCACUAUGAGCUGCUCCCAUCGGGCCAAACAUUCAAUUCGGACCUCUAUUAUCAACAACUGACCAGAUUGAAGCAGGCGAUCGAUCAGAAACGCCAAAAGAAGCAUUUGCGGCAUGUUAUGUUUUAUUGUUUUAAAAAAGAUAAUAGUGCAAAGGACACUGCAGACAAGGUUUGCACUCUUUACGGGAGUGGAACUACGACUAUUAGGACCGUCCGCAAUUGGUUUAAGAGAUUUAGAGCUGGCAAUUUUGACUUGAAAGAUGAAGACCGCAGCAGCUGCCCAGCAACGAUGGAUACUGAACUUUUCAAGGCUUUGCUAGCUGAAAAUCAUCGAUAUUGUGCGCGCAAGUUAGUGGAUGCCACUUACAUUUCCAGGACAACGGUACAUAAGCAUUUAAUCAAGAUAGAAUAUGCGAAUCGAUGUGAAGUUUGGAUUCCACACCAAUUGACGGAGACCGGCCGUAUGAACCGCAUCUCUACGUGCGAUUUGCUUCUCCAGCGACAUGAAAGAGUUCCUUUCUUAAAGAGGCUUAUCACUAGGCACGAGACUUGGAUUUUACACCAAAAUGUACAUCGAAAACGAAAUUGGUCUAUGGAAAAUAGACCUUCAAUUGUUGCGAAGUCUGGACUUCACCUGAAGAAAGUUCUUUUGUGCAUUUGGUGGGACUGGAAAGGUGUAAUCUACUACGAGCUCCUUCCUCAAGGUGAAACGAUCAAUUCAGCCAAAUAUUGCAGUAAACUCGAUCAAUUGAAAGCCGCCAUAGCAGAAAAACGCCCAGAAUUGUCAAACCGACUAGGCGUCGUUUUUCAUCACGAGAACGCAAAACCGCAUGUUGCGUUGGUC